AUUGUUUUGCAGACUGACAUCAUUCCCGCAGCAAAGCAACCAAAAUAAAGAGAAAUUUAACGAAAAAUGGAGGCCCUGGACAUUUUGGAGAAACGCAUCGAUGCCCUGACGCGAGUACUCGGACCUGUGCAGGAAUCUGAAACGGGAGAAGGCGUUGUCGACGCCCUGUGCUCCGCUCACGCCCUUCUGGGCGAAGCUACUACGGGCAGUGUUCCACUGCAACAAUGUGUGAAGAGAUCCGGCGAACUGGAGAAGUACUUGGAUCCCAACUUUCUUGAGGAACAGCAGCAGGUGCGCUCCAAGGAGGUAUACCUGAAUGCAGUGGCCCCUGAGCUACAUACCCAAGCCGAGCAGCUGGAAAGGAUUAGGCAGCUUGAACCUGCUCUGGGAGCGGAGUACUUCCGCAGCAUUCCCGCCGAAUGCCUGGAGCAGCUGAAGGGCAUCACACAGAACAAUGGGGAGUACGCCCAGCAAAGCGAACUCAUCGAGGAGAGCCUUGUUUUGGCCAUGAAGCGGUACGGCGAGAUUCAGGCGGGACUCCUCAGCUCCUUGGAUGCGAUGAGUGAUCGGUUGGACCAGGUGGAAGAGCGCAUGGAGCAGAGGAAGCGGGCGGAACUUAACAAGGAUGUGCCGCCUAAAGACUGAGCGGUUAUCGCUCCAAAGACUGCUGAAAGUAUUUUAUACGACCCCUUUCCGAAUCCUUUCCUAGUCAAAUCUAGGCUAAAGGUUUAGAUAAGAUAUAUCUAUCGAAAUCAUCCUAGCUAUUUGGAAGUUAUAUUUGAGCAGAAAUCAAGCCAGUUUGAUAGGAAUUGGAAAUGGAAUAUGGGAUAUUAGAUUUUCUAACCACUGAUUGUCGAAAAGUGGCUAAUGAUGCUCUUUCAAUUGUAAGUUUUCUUUUAAAAAUUAUUUAAUAAUAGCACAAUAAACAAAAUUACAAAACGAAUCAAAUACAACUGCGAUCUAAUCAAAGUCUUUUCUAAUUAAGAUAAAUACCAAACCUAUGUGAUCCCAAUAUUAUUAUUUAAAGUAAACCGUUUUCAAAAUAUCCCAAAUUCCUUCUUUGAUAAUUUUAUGAAAGUUGUUUUUUAAGAGCUAACACAAUAAACUAUAUCCAAUUAAAUACAA